AUGAAUAAAUCAUUUAGAGCUAUUACAUGUUUUUGGCUUAUGAUGAGUUUCUUCAUUUUGAGUGAGGCUGAACCUAUGAAAACCCAACUGAGCCCAGACUUUUACAGAACAACAUGCCCUGAUCUUUGGACAAUAGUUAGGCGAGAGGUUUCAAACGCAAUGGAAGAUGAGAUUCGAAUCGCGGCUUCUUUGCUUCGCCUUCAUUUCCAUGAUUGCUUUGUAAAUGGUUGUGAUGGUUCAAUUCUGCUUGAUGGAGACGAAGAAACUGAGAAAUUUGCUACUCCUAACAAGAAUUCUGCUAGAGGAUUUGAAGUCAUAGAUAGAAUCAAAACCUCAGUGGAGAGUUCAUGUAGCGGAGUUGUGUCUUGUGCUGAUAUAUUAGCCAUAGUUGCAAGAGAUUCUGUUUUCCUAAGUGGUGGUCCUUUUUGGUAUGUUCCGCUAGGGCGCAGAGAUGGAUUUGUCUCGAACAAGACAUUAGCCAAUCUCGCAAUUCCUUCUCCAUUUGAUACACUAGAUAAUAUUACUUCCAAGUUCGAUAACGUUGGUCUCAAUCUCAAAGACGUUGUUACUUUAUCAGGUGCACACACUAUUGGACGAGCAAGGUGCACAUUUUUCAGCAACAGAUUAUUCAAUUUCUCGGGGACAGAAGAACCAGACAAUACUUUAGAAUCUGAAAUGCUCUUUGAAUUGCAAAAUUUGUGUAUACAAGAUGAAGAUGGGAACGCGACUACGGUUCUGGAUUCAAACUCAUUUGAUCAAUUUGAUAGCAAUUACUUCAAGAAUUUAGUAAAUGGGAGGGGUCUUCUAAGCUCUGAUCAGAUUCUGUUUUCAAGUGAUGAGGAGGUUACUUCAACUACUAAAUAUUUGGUCCAAUUAUAUAGUGAGAAUGAAAGAGAGUUUUUUAUGGAAUUUGCUUAUGCUAUGAUUAAGAUGGGGAAUAUUAAUCCACUUAUUGGUUCUGAGGGAGAGAUUAGGAAUAAUUGCAGAGUGAUUAAUUCUUAA